CUGCUGGUCAAGCUUCUCACUCCGGUAUUACGCAAGACUGCCGAGGCAAGUGACGUCCGCGUGGUCUUUGUCAGCUCCGUGGCGCACAAGUUUGGACCCAGAAGCGGACUGCAGUUUGACAGCUUCAAGCCGAACGAAGGCAACGGCGGUCUCUCCCCAAGCGCUCUAUACGGGCAAAGCAAGCUCGCAAACAUCCUGUACGCUCGCGAGAUGGCCCGGCGGUUUCCUCAGUGGACGACUGUCUCCGCCCAUCCUGGGACGGUCAGGACGGACUUGGGACGCGACGGGAAUGGGGGUUUCAUGAUGAAGGCUUUCCAGACCUUGGUCGUUCUGUUCAUUGGUGUUGAUGUAGAGGACGGCGCAAAGAGUCAUAAUCUACCCGGGUCUCACGAGCCUUCCGGCACCAUCGUUGCCCUCGGCUCUGAAGCAGCCAAGAGCUUCGCCGUCGGUGACCGCAUCAUUGCCAUCGGGGUUCAAGGUCCAUGCGGCGGCUGCAUUGACUGUAACGGCCCCGAGGAAUUCCAUCUGAGUUGCAAAUUCACCAAAGGCUACGCUGGUAUCUCAUUGCCUGGAGCCUUUGCAGAAUACACUGUCCUCGACGACCGCUUUUCUGUCAAGAUCCCAGACGAACUGAGCUUCAUCAAAGCUGCGCCUCUAACCUGCGCCGGGUGCACGAGCUGGCGCGCAGUCAAGAGAGCAGGCGUCAAAUCCGGCGGGUGGCUGGGGAUUGUUGGUAGCGGAGGCGGAUUGGGACACCUCGCUGUUCAGAUUGCGGCCAAGCAAGGGGUCAACGUCGUCGGAAUCGAGGCACGAGACAUCGCGUUGGAAUUGACGCGGCGUGCUGGUGCCUCGGCAGUAGAUGUCAGACCCGGAACAGAGGCGAUGGUACAUGAGGUCCGCAAGCUCAUCGGGCCUCGAGGAAUGGGAAAGGGAGAUGACCUGUGCGACGCAACUAUUGUUCUCAGCGAUGCCGAGGCGGCGUUGCACACUGGCAUGGUCAUCACCAAAGGACACGGACUCGUGGUCGAAGUCGCUCAGCCCAGCCGUGUCAACUUCCCAUUCCAAGAGAUGAUCUUUCGAGACAUCAGGCUCAUGGGGUCCAAUCUGUCCAGCAGAUCCGAGCUUGCCGACCUGGUCAAGUUCGUUGUCGAGCACGACGUGAAAUUAGAGACGACGGUGUUCCGCGGGCUGCAGAGUUUGAAGGAUGUCUAUGAGCUAUCAGAGGCCGGCACCUCCGCGGGCAAGAUUGUGGUCGUGAUUGAUGAGGACCAAAUCUAG